UAUUAUAAAUUUUGUUUGUGUUUGACUUUGUGUUUUUGGAGUCGGUGAUUUGGUAGCAAACGGCAGUCAGUGUUCGCAGGUAGAUUUAUUACUAUUACUGUACUUCCAGUGGCCGCCAUCGUAUGAUUCUGUGCCGGCUAUGGCCUGUUUGGCGGACAGGAUUGCGCGCGCCUGCGUCCACCAUUACGACAGAUGCCUGACGAAGAAAGGCAAACCUCGAGAUGGCGUGGAGUGGACCCCGAUGGCGGCGGUGGUGGGCAGAUAUCAGGAUAAUUCUCGAGAUGAUCUCUUUGUCAUCUCUAUGGGGACCGGCUCGAAGUGCGUGGGCCAAAACCAAAUGAGUGGGAGAGGUGAUCUACUUCAUGACAGUCAUGCGGAAGUGUUGGCGCGACGUGGGUUUGUGCGCUUCCUCUUGACGGAGGUUCGCAGGCUGUUGACCGGGGACGACACUUCUGUGCUGUGUGCUGAUCAUGAGCGUUCGGCUGAGGCGUCUGGGGAGUUUGCGUGUCGGGUCAAGCCAGGCGUGUCCUUCCACUUCUUCACAACGCAGACACCCUGUGGCGAUGCUUCGAUAUACAAACUCCCUGGCUGCCUCCUGCUGCCCACGUCAGGAGCGGACAGUGAACGCAAUGCGGCCGGUCCUGCUGCUGCCGCCAGCACUACGACAAAGUCGACACAUGCACCAGCUAUCUCUGCUGGUGAUGUGGCGACAUCAUCGUCGAGCAGUGCUGUAUCGGCACGUGCGGUUGAGAAUCAUGGCGUCACGCGGCGUGACUGCAACGGAGUUAACCCUCCUCGCAGAACGGCAGACUUGGAUUGCCGCCGCACCGGAGAUCAUCUGUCGUCGCGUUCUGCCCCGUGUCCGGCCAGCAGUGCGGAUGUGUGCACAUCGCCGGGCAUUGCCACGAAACGCAAACGCAGCGAUGUGACGGAAGCAGACGGUGCGUUGGGCUCGGACGAGUGUGAUUCGUGUACCCGCUCGGCCGCACAUAGCCACGAGUCUGCGCACAAACGCACGCGUCCUCACCACAUGGAAGGCGAUGGCUUUCACGAGCAACAUCGGCCGUCUUCUUCUCGUGAUUGUUGUCGUUCAUCGUCCGCGCUUAGUCCCGAUCGUAGUGUAGGUGUAUCGUCGUCACACGCGACUUCUAGGACUGGUGAUUAUAGUAGUGAUGCUGAGCUAGUGCAAUUGUCGCAGAAGACAUUCGGUCACAGUGGGUCCCGGUGCGUAUGCGGUCCGCCAGGCAGUCCACAUGCCCGCACGGGUAGUACGGUGCUCCCGCCGUGCACGACCUCUCGCAGUGGUGGCAGCAAUGGCUGCGCUGAGUCGACGACGAAUUGUCCAGUGCUCGCCGCUACCGCUUCCAACACCACCAGUGCUUGUGCUGGUGGUGUUCAGUGUGUUGUUGCUGGUGCUCAGUCUGUAUCGGAUGGCUCGUCACCUGACCUGCCUGUCCAGUCUGUAUCGGAAAGUGUUCAGUCUGUAUCGGAUAGAUCAUCACCUCACCUGCCUGCCCCGUCUGUACCGGAUGGUGUUCAGCCUGUAUCUGCUGGUAUUCAGCCUGUUGUUUCUACCGCCAGUACUGGUGUUCAGCGUGUAUCGGAUGGCUCAUCACCUGACCUGCCUGCCCAUGCCACGGCUAAAGCAUUACAAUGUACCGGUAUUUCAAACGGACCUGACAACGCUUGCUGCCCAGAGCUCGCCGAGUGCUCAUCUCAAUCCAGUAAUAUUCUGGAUGGUCCAAACGGGAGUGCUGCUGUGUGCACUUCAGAGCCGCGUCAGUGUACGGAUGAAACCCGCGCUGCGUCAGCAUCCGCCGCCCCAGCUGCUACCGAUAUUCGCAGAACCGGCGCCAAGUGCGCGCCGGCGUCCGCGCUGCAGGACGCGCGCCGGCCCGGGAGUGAGUACCACACGGCGGGCGCGUGGCGCACCAAGCCGGGCCGCGGCGACCCGACCAUCUCCAUGUCGUGCAGCGACAAGCUGGCGCGCUGGAACGCCAUCGGCUGUCAGGGAGCGCUCGCAGCACACUUCCUGGCCGCGCCUGUGCGCUUCGCGUCCAUCACGGUGCUUGCCGGGCACGAGCGCAGUGGCAGCGGCGGUGGCGGCGGCGAGGAUGCCGUGGAUUUGAAUGCACUGCGUCGCGCCGUCACUCUGCGCCUGUCCAGAACACGCGAGUCAUCGUGCGACGACGAUCGUCACGCAGUGGAGCUGCUGUCGACGCGCUGUGUGGCGUUCCCCGCGCGGAAACCGUACGCGGGUGCUAAUGCUGCUUCUGCUGCUGCUGCUGCGGCGUGUGAUGGCUUGGUACAUGGACAGGAUUGUGGCAAGAUGAAUGAUGGUUAUGAAGAUGGUCACACAACGACGACGACCGCUGAUGGAGGAGAUCGGCGAGUGGCGUGCGGGAGCUCCAUUGCUUGGUACCAACAUAGCACACAACAGGAAGCAACUUGCAACGGCAAGAAACUGGGCAUCACUAAGAAGCUAAGAAACUCACCUAAAUCAAGGUAUAGUACAGUCUACUUCCCGUAAUAUAAUAUUAUACCGACACUCGACGGGGCAUCAGAAAAGUGUCCUUAUACCCGAAGUCUCAUUAUAUGUAUACAGUUAGAUGGGACUUAGCUCUGGGCAUGGGAAUUCUGUCGUUAUAUCCACAGUCGUUAUUAGUGAAGUUGACUGUAACACUGAUAUGUUCUG